AUGGAGAAGGAGAAGGAUGACGAAAACAACACAAAGCACGAUGGGAAGAAGAAGCGUGGAGAAAAGAAGAAAAAUUGUCCAGAUACCCUUGGAAUUUUGGAAGAUGAAACCACCGAGUGGGAGAACACAAUUAUCAACACCUGGACUAUGAAAGCACAGAAACUCGUUGACAAAGAAGUCGGUAACAUUUUCGAGAAAGGUAUCAAGGACUAUAAUAUGACUAUCGCCCAAAUCGUCCGUGGAUACAAAGUUACUCGCAAAGCUCGUAGCCUCAAUUCUGGACAGAUAUGGGACGCGUGUAAGCACAGAUUCGUGAUCCAAGAGGCGUGGCGCUGUAGUCUAGAAUGGUUUCUCCGUGAGAACAGGAAGCAAGGGACCUGCAAAGCCGCAUACAAGGUCCUCUACCGUCCACCCGUGGAGGGAACCACUACCAAAGAGACGUUGGAUGACCCACAUAAUACCCCGGAUCCUCGUGACGGGAACUUGUCAGACGGGCCAGCGCUAUCCACAAGAGUCAAGAGCUUCGAGAAGGGGAAGAAACAGCAGAAGAAAUCAAGGACACUAUCCGAAGACGUAACUUCAUACGACAGUCAGCGCGUCAACAGUUGA